AUGGCCAGAACUCCCGAGCAGUAUCUCCGUGUAGUCUCGAACCGCGUUACACCUGGCUGGUACCUGUGGUUCCUGAUCAGCCCGCUACACACCUCCAGCCACGGCAGAGACUCCGAGUCAGAAACAGAGGAGUUAAUACUGUCAGUCUCAGAGCACUGGAAUACACACCGUUACCCCAGUCUCAUUCUGUUAGUAUACAGACCUCCAAAACCAAACAGCGACUUCAUCACUGAGUUUGCUGAAUUCCUUGCUCUGAUUGUACCUGUGUCUGACAGCAUUCUGCUUCUUGAGAACCAUGAGCACUGUGGAGGAAGAGCCGGACCAUAUGAUACCAUGAAGAGAAGCCUGCAGGUCCUGCUUAACCAGCUGCUGAUUGUUCUUCUGAUCCUGUCAGUACCUGAGAAGCUGGUAUCCUUUGCGGUGGAGCUCUACCCCAGCUGGACGCCACGGAGCCUCGCCUCCAUGGUACCCCUGCCAAACCCACCAAGCUGGUGGGACGGCUCUAGUAAUGGUCAGCAGCCCACCUUCAUGGGCACCAGACCACCAGCCUCUGCCCUAGCAUUUUCCAAGUUUUUAAUGCCAAACCUGGGGCGCACUACUACAGACCAGACUAGCACUGGAGCAAAUCCUGACCACGUGUCUAACACAGAAUCAAGACAUCAACCCAUUCGUGUUGGACUUAAAUCUAACGGAACCAGCUCUGGAUCCAGAAUUGCACCAUCAAAAGCCCCAAAUUCCAGAGGAAGCACUGUAAGUCCAGCCAGUAGAAGACCAGUCAGUAGGAUCAAUCACCCCUUGAUUGUUAGUAGAAAGCAGAGUAGAUCUGCUGGCUCUGUUCUCUCAGGAAAUAACGCAAGUAUGACCCCCCUGGCUAAGGGACCUCAGAACGCGGAGUCUACCCAAUCAAGAUCGCAAAAUAAAAAGGCAGACUCGGGGCAGUUAGGUCAGUCAGGAACUGAUUACACCCUGAAGAUGGGUGAUAAAGAGCCGGCCAACCCUAUUCAACAUUCCUUCUCACUGAAGACAUCCGUGUCGUCAUCUGUUCUUGUUCCAGCACCGGAGACGCUCAGGGAGCACGAUCACAUCAUUACACAACGUGACGCACCCAACCCUUCCAAAGACCCCAGUCUCCCAACUGGUUCAGAAGGCACUGUGACUUCAUCCCAUUCAGAAUUCCCACACCGCGGGGUUUCCUCAUUUUCUUCCCCUAGUAUAACCACCAACUCUGCUUUUUCUACAACCUCUGGCCACAUCUCUGUAAGCAGCAGUGCAACAAAUACAUUAGGUACCACAAAAACAACCACCAGCAUGGCCACUGACACUUCCUCCUCUGUGAGUACCGGUCUCAGCUCCAUUAGCACCAGUGGGGGUGCUUCAUCUGACAUUCUGCCACCCACAAAUGCCUCCGAGCUGCCAUCCACAGCUAACGGAAGCUUCCUGAACAGACUGGUUCCUGCCACCACACGAGGACCUGGGGGCACAGGGAACCAGUCAGGUCCCGCUCUUGACUCUGCUCAUACCGGUGCCACUAUUUGCCUGGGCAAAAUGGACAUUAUAUGGGUUCUGCUUGCCAUCUGUGUGCCUGUGUCCUCCUGCUCUGUGCUGUUGACGGUGUGCUGCAUGAGAAAGAGGAAGAAGUCGACCAGCCAGGAGAACAACCUGAGCUACUGGAACAACACCAUCACCAUGGACUACUUCAACCGGCAUGCUGUGGAGCUCCCACGUGAGAUACUGCCACUGGAAACUGUUGAUGAGCAUGAGACAUGUCUACCCCCUAACGGCGACUACAGCGACAGUGGUGUUGUGCUAGUUAACCCCUUCUGCCAGGAGACACUCUUCAUCAACAGAGACAAGGCCUCCGACAUCUGAGCAUGUUGCCGUCAUCGAGGCCAGACCACAAACCUCCUCGGCUUGUUUGUCUCUUUCCCUUUUCUCACAAUAAAAGGUUUUAUAUUGUGAUGGAUCUUCAAAGACUGUGCUUUAUAUAUAUAUAUGACAUAUAGAAACAAGUUUUAAAAAGACAGUGGAUGAGUAAAGAGCACUCUAACUAUGAGGGGGAGCCUCUUACAUAUUUUUCUGAUGUACAUUUUUUAC